AUAAUAUAAAAAUUGAUUUCGAAAAAACUUAGUAGGCUAUUAAAGAGAGCAAAAACUAAAAUAAAAAACAAGAAAAAAAAGAAGAAGUAAAACUCAAAAUCAUAACGAACUUGGUCAUCUUAAUCGGUUAGGAGAGAUCUCAUCAGUUUCAGAUCCAAUAAUGGAUUUCAUGAAAGUAUUCGAUCAAACUGUGCGUGAAAUAAAAAGAGAGGUGAAUUUGAAAGUAUUGAAGGUUCCUGAGAUUGAGCAGAAGGUAUUGGAUGCUACGGAUGAUGAACCAUGGGGCCCCCAUGGUACUGCGUUGGCUGAGAUAGCUCAGGCUACAAAGAAAUUCUCUGAAUGUCAGAUGGUUAUGAAUGUCCUGUGGACAAGAUUGCCUGAAACAGGAAAGAACUGGCGUUAUGUCUAUAAGUCGUUGGCUGUUAUAGAGUAUUUGGUGGCACACGGAUCUGAACGUGCAGUUGACGAAAUCGUAGAACACACCUAUCAGAUCUCUUCUCUUACAAGUUUCGAGUAUGUUGAACCCAAUGGGAAAGAUAUGGGCAUCAAUGUGCGGAAAAAAGCAGAAAAUGUUGUGGCACUAUUGAAUAACAAGGAAAAGAUACAAGAGGUUAGAGAUAAAGCUGCUGCAAAUCGCGACAAGUACUUUGGACUGUCAUCUUCAGGAGUAACAUUUAAGUCAAACUCUACCUCUUUUAGUAGCAGCAGCAACUUUCAGGGUGGUGAUCGGUAUGGAGGUUUUGGAAAUAAAAGUGACGGUGAUUCAUUUAAGGAUAACUACAAGGAAAAGGAUCGGUAUGGUGAAGAUAAAAUUGGUCAGAGUACUUUUAAAUCAAAGAAGGGGUCUUCUCAUUACGGAAGCAAGGUUCAAGACACUGUUUCAGCUGGUGGAUCAAAGACGGCAAAGAAAAUAGGUAAACUUGAUAAAGCUAGUUCUAAUCCUUCACGGGGCGCAGCUGCAUCUUCAAGCAAAUAUGAGGAAGAUUUUGAUGAUUUUGAUCCUCGAGGGACUUCAAGUACUAAGCCUUCCACAGGAAAUUCUGAGCAAGUAGAUCUCUUUGGGCAAAAUUUGAUUGGUGACCUCUUGGAUGCACCAACACCUGUUCCAGCUGAUAAUUCUACUGUGACCAAUCAUCCAUCGGAGGUUGAUUUGUUUGCUGAUGCCAAUUUUGUAUCGGCGAAACCACAGUCUGAGAUAAGUGUAGAUCUGUUUGCUUCCCAGUCUUCCUCUUCACCUGCAGCUUCUUCAACGAUGGAUUUUUUCGCUGCACCAGAUCCUGUUAUUCAACCCGAUGUCAGAUCUUCAAAAUCAGUCCAGAUGAAUACUACUACAGUUGAUCCAUUUGCUGCAGUUCCACUAAACAACUUUGGUAGUUCUGAUCCUUUUGGUGCAUUUGUUACUCAUGCUGAUCCUGUAUCAGUAACCAAUGAAAAUGCCAUCAGUGGAGGGAAUCAGGAGGCUCCUACCAAAUUAGACAAAUCUCCACUCGAAGCCAAGCCCUCGCCGAAGAAAGAUAAUUUUCAAGUCAGAUCCGGAAUAUGGGCUGAUUCAUUGAGCCGCGGACUCAUUGAUCUGAAUAUUGCUGCACCCACAAAGGUCAACCUUGCAGACGUAGGCAUCAUGGGUGGAUUGACCGAUGGGUCAGAUGUGAAAGACAAAGGGCCUACUACAUUUUACAUGGGUAACAUGGGUAGAGCCAUGGGUCAAGGAACCAAGCUUGGCCAAUCCGGGUCCACGUCCACAGCAACGGGUGUAGAUGACCUUUUUUCAAGUCAUCAAAACUAUCAAUUUGGCAGCUUCCAAAAGUGAUUUUGCGACCGAUAUUCGUUCACCCCAACUCCCACUCGAUAUUCAUUUGCGAAAUUUCACAGCUAAAUUGAAGUAGAGGACAGCAGCGUAUACGUGCACAUUAGGAAAGUGAUCAAUGUUGUGUCAGUCACAGGCCAAUAGUUCAUAUAUCAUGCAACAAUAAUGUAGAAGUAUUCUUGUGCUUGAUCUUAUAAAUCAUGUCUUAGGUAUUUCCCAUUUAUAGAAAUAGAUACCACUUAAUCCUCCUUAGUUACCUAGUAAGUACUAUUUUGUCAUAUGAUUGCGUACACUAGCUGAUAUUAUUCUGA